AUGGCGGGCGACCUUUUCGCACAAAUCGCCGCCGGCGAGUAUAUCGCUGUACUGACCUCGGAGCCUGCUCGCGUCCUGAUCCGCGACCUUGUCAAAGAUAUUGCGCCUGCGCAAAACACCCCGGCACCACAAGCCGCAGUCUCAGAUGGAGAAAGUUGUGCUCAUUCGCCAACCCUAGCCCAGAUUGCCGCAGUAGGGUUGGCCGCUUUCAACGCGUUCCUACAGCUGAACGUUACCGGCCCGGUGCUCGAAUCUGUGCGCUCUGUCGAGGUUCUCUUCGAGAAGGACGUUGAACUUGUCUCUUCGGCAUCAGAAACCCAGCGGAAGAACGCCAGUGCCCGUGCGCUCUGUCUCAAGUCCUUGGACGUGGAUGGCGUCUCGGUUUACCCCUACAUCCCAAACAUCGAGCUAUUCUGUCUAGCACGAUAUACGCUGGCCACGCGCCUCUCUGGGCUAGAUCCCGAGCUCAAGGACGCGGCUGAUCGUGGUGACGGCGACCCUGGCCUGUCUAGCCUGCCGUGGCUGCGCCUGCGUGUACUUGUUUGGCAUCACAAGCUGUUCAUCCAGCCAUCUCUGAGUUCAGGGUCCGGCUUCAACAGGGGUGCCCAAUGGAGCGAUGUACCUAGCCUGCAAGAGCAAAUCAUCAAGUCGUUGGCCGAUGCCGAGCAGGACACCUCCACCUUGACCCAGCGUCACAAAGCACAGUUCCUUCUCGAAAAGUCCAAUGUGUGCAUCAUGCUAGGACUUGAUGCAAAGGCCAAGCAGGCACUGGCCGAGGCCUCAGAAUCAACUGGAUUCACGUACGCGCUCUCUGGGGCUCUGGGGAAGCGCACAAAGUUUCAGGAGAAAAGCACCAGCCAGCUCGUCGUGCUGGCCAAGAGCGCGGCCGAGGGCGACACCGCCAAGGCCCCGGGCGCACAAUCUGCACCGGAGUCGCUUCCGCUCAACGACGAUACGCUGCUAGAGCAGGUCGACUUUACCGACGCAAAAUCCAAGACCUCUGAAGAAGAUUCAUCCAAGGGAGAGACGUCAGCUGGAGUCCCAGAAGCGCUGCGAGGAAUGGCUCCAGACGACCAGCCGCACCUCUCUCCUUUGGACCAGAUCAUACUCCUCGCCGAGGCUACCAUCAAAGACGCCUUCGCUCCAACUGACUCGCUGACUUCGGAGGAGAUCUUGCCUUUUGCUGAGCGAGUUGUUUCCGACACAUCGACGAACUGGCAGAUUUACACACAUGCACUGCUUGUACGGUCAAGAAUCGAGAUACAUCGAAGCAGGACGGUCGAGCGAGGCGUACUACAAAUGCAGGCUGUGGUGGAUCAGGUUAUAGUCGAUACAGAAACACCGACAAUAACCGAAAGCACCAGCAAAGUGACGACUGGCAGUCAGGAAAACGGCGCCGACGAAAGUUCAACGCAAGAUGCUGCACCGGCCAUAGAGAUCACGGCGCCGGACGAGGCGAAACCCGUGCCAAACAAGCCCACCUCGUUCUUUCCCAAGGCGAAACCAUCUGAAUCCGCCCCUGCCCAUGUCCGACUCCAGUUCAUUCACACACUUUCCUCUCCGCCGCGCUGGCACCUCGAGUCCGAGCUAGCCUUUGCAUGGACCGGGGUUGGUUCCCUGGUCGCCGCACUCGAUAUCUUCAAGCGUCUGCGUCUCUGGGCCGAGGUCUCUCUCUGCCUCGCAACGGCCGGCGCGCAGGGCGAGGAGGAUGAUGCAGGGCGCGGCUCGGGAAGCGAAGAGAAGGGGCGCGCCGUCCUGCGCUGGCGGCUCUUCCAGCCCACUGACCCUGUCGCAAAUCCCGGGCCCGGCCUGGAGGAUCUGGAUGUGGACGUGUCAGAACUACGGUCAUCGGCCUUCAUGGGGCCCGAGCGGGACCCCCAGCCGUCAGAGUCGCCCCGUCUGUACUGCAUCCUUGGAGAUAUGGAGCAGGAGCCCGCGCACUACAAGAGGGCGUGGGAGCUUUCGGGGCGGCGGUAUGCGCGUGCACAGCGGUCACUAGGCGAGCACUAUCUACAGAAGCGCGACUGGGAGGCAGCUCGGGAGGCAUACAUCAAAGCCACAACAGCAAAUCGGCUCAGCCCGGAGAUGUGGUCGCGCCUCGGAGACAUCAACCUGCGCCUCACUCGCUUUGCCGAUGCGGCCGAUGCCUUCCGACGCGCCAUCGGUUCUGCAGGCGCUGCUGAGGGUGGAGAGGAUGCCCGAACUUGGAGUAACCUCGGGAGUGCAUUGUACAGCAUGCACUGCGAGGCUGUCGACGAGGCGAAGAAGAAGAAGCAGGGUUCCGAAAGCGGUGCAGGCGGUGAAACUCACAUCGAUGCGGCCGUGAAUGGAGGCGGCGAUGACGCCGACGUCGACCCAGCCCUAGUCGCCGGCGCGAGGAACGACCCAGCUACGCUGCUCACGCAGUCACUUGCAGCAUACAAGCGGGGAGCAUCCAUCGCGCACGACAACUGGCGCAUCUGGGACAACGUCCUCACUCUGGCGGCGCGGACGAAACCGCCCGCGAUCAACGAGAUACUGCCAGCCCUUCGGCAAAUUAUGCGAAUCCGAGCAACCGAGGAUGCUCUCGAUGUCGACGUACUCAAGCUGCUGGUGGACCAGGUGCUCGUGUCGGCGCCCAAACCCGACUCUGCAGGGGGAGUGUACGAGCCCCCACGCGGGUCGCUGCAGAGGCAGGUCGUCGACUUCAUUGAGGGGUCCGUAGUACCGCUCAUCACGGUCCGCUCGGAGCUGUGGGUGCUGGUCGGGCGCGAGAGGGCGUGGCGGCGCGACUACGCGGGCGCCAUCGACGCGGCCGAAAAGGGGUGGCGCGCCGCCAUCGGCGACGAGCUCGUGUCCAUGCUCGAAAACUACGGGCCAGACGUCGAGGCCGUCGGGGCCAGGUGGAGGGGCAAGGCGCGCACCGCGGUGCGCAGCGUCAUGGGCAAGGCCAAGGAGAACUGGGAGGGAAGCGAGGGGUGGAAGGAGUUGGAGCGGCUGCUCGAGGGGCUCCAGUCGUAA